AUGUCCAACGUGGCAAUGUUAAAUCCAAAUUUAAUUAUAAUUUCAUCAAUAUUUUACGCACAUCUUUGGAUUCCACUUUUCUUUGGAAACGAAGAAGGUUCUGCUGGCACCCGCGCUGUACCCACUGACGACUACAUAGCUGUAGAAAUUGAGCAUGGCAGACCAAAGAUUACCAUCAACUUGGGCGAAGAACCCAUUGUUGUCUUAUUGAAUACGCGAGUUUCUGACAAUCAGUGGCGUCAAUUGAAUGUUGAACGAAUAGGAAAAGUAGCAAUUGUGAAAUUAUAUGCGCCAAAUAGCGAUCAGGUAGAGGAAGAAAAAAGGGCUAGUUCGGAAGGAAAUAAGAGCAUUUUAAACUUGCAUCAAACCAUGAGUCGCCUGUUUGUAGGAGGAAUACCACCGGGAAGCAAGAUCGCCAAUGAAGUGCGCAAUCGCGACUUUGAGGGAGAUAUUGAAGAUUUGACUUUGCAUGGUGAACCCGUAGGCCUGUGGAAUGCGAAGUCUGGAGGAGUCGUAGCGGUCAAGGGUGCUACACCUAGACCUCGUACAAAGGAAUUGCUGGCUCAGCCAGGAGUGUCUGUGGAUGGCGAAGGCUAUCUCGUUUACCAGAUGGGCUACUGGAAUCCCAGAAAGCGAGCUGUGAUCUCCCUACAGUUCUUAACAUUCUCACCUGAUGGGCUGCUAUUCUUCAUUGGAAAGGACCGCGACUUCUUUGCCAUAGAGCUUUCUGCUGGAGCUGUAAAGCUAUCACUGGACUUUGGUUCCGGAGCAGCACAGUGGUUGGCUGAUACGGUAGCUUACAACGAUGGCAAGUGGCACACGAUAUCGGUUAUGAGAGAUGAACGUCAUGUGAAGAUGGAUGUAGAUGGAGAAACGGUUGCCGAAGGGGAUGCACCAGAAGAUAGCGCUUCUCUUAGCGUCACUGACUACUUUUACAUAGGAGGAACACCGGCUGGAGUAAAUACCCGCACUCCCAUUGAACCAUUCCGUGGCUGCAUUAAGGCAGUACGCCUGGGAGGUGAUGAGAUCAAUCUCUACGCAAGUCAUGCCAGCAAAGGUGUUCGCAACGCCUGUCCUCUUGGAACUGUGAAUACGGUUUCUAUUCUCUCAGAUCGAUCAUCAGCAGUUUUUGAAAACAUCACCGCUGCAGACGAGAUGGAUGUAUCGCUGAGAUUUAAGACUCGUAGGGCAGUUGGAACCUUAAUGACCAUACAAUCAGAGGAAGACGAUUUGUUGGCACUGAAAAUUGAGAACGGAGUUUUGGUUGCGUUUGCUGGAGAUGACAGGGCAUCCCUGGAGCUUGCAUCAGCUUCGGAUGAGCAAUGGCACUACGUCUCAGUUAGGAAAACUAAAAGCAUUCUCAGAGUCGAUGUUGAUGAUCUGCAUUCUAAGGAAGAAAAACGACAUAAUGGUGAUGAAGUGGUGCGCAGUAUAAAUUUCAAUUAA